CAACUCAGCCGUGAUGUGGCCACCUUCGCAACUCACGGUGGCCUCUCGCGCUUAGACUUUGCAACGAAUGCCCACGGCCAGCCUGACGUGGCCAUCUUUGAUUUCACUAGCCUCAGCGCUGCCGAGUACGCCUGCCGCAUCGUUGAUCGUCUUGGCAGACCUCUCUGCCAGUGUCUCGUGGGCGAUGCUCUCGUAGAGCCCUUCUGGCCGACAGGCAGUGGCUGUGCCCUGGGCUUCCUCUCCGCUCUGGACGCUGCCUGGGCAACCUCUCUCUUCGCCGCUGGUCACCACCCACUCAAGGUUGUCGCCUGGCGGGACUCCGUCUACCAGCGACUCAGCCAGACCAGUCCCUCUAACAUGCCCCAGAACUUUGCCAGCCAUACCCUUUCUCCCAACACA